AUGAGAACUUCCCGUGAUUCCAGCGAGGAUGCCCUCCCUUCUGACUCUCCCAUGCCAGCUUCUCACCUUGAGCGACGUCUCGAUGCUGCCCUGGAGAAAAGACGGGCUCAGUUUAAACUACGAGAUCUGAAGUCUAGUCCUCUGGGAUCAGUGGAUCUUUCAUCCAAUGACUUCUUAUCCCUGUCAACCAACAACGAAUUUAUGCGAGACUAUCUGGACACUUUGAGGGAAACCCAGACUCCUCUGGGCUCAACAGGAUCCAGACUUCUCGACGGCAAUUCAGAAUACGCCGAAACUCUCGAACGAGAGAUUGCUUCCUUCCAUGGUGCCGAAACUGGCCUCCUGACCAAUUCCGGCUUUGAUGCCAACGUCAGCAUUUUUGCCUAUCUUCCUGCACACGGAGAUGUCAUUGUUUACGACGAGCUGAUUCAUGCCAGUGUUCACGAUGGCAUGAGACAAUCGAGAGCCAAAGAUCAGAUAUCAUUCAAGCACAAUGACGUCCAAGAUCUGCACCGCAUAUUAAAGCAGAUUGUUAACUCUUCCGGUUCGACCCGAACUGUUUUUGUUGCGGUGGAGACUGUUUACAGUAUGGAUGGGGACCUUGCUCCAUUGACUGAAAUCGUCGAAUUGAUAGAGUCGGUGUUUUCUCACAAAAAUGCUCACCUCAUCAUCGACGAAGCUCAUGCCACCGGUAUCUAUGGACCUAAUGGAUCAGGAAGAGUCUGUGAACUCGGUCUUGAGAAACGAGUUUCUGUCCGCCUUCACACUUUCGGCAAGGCCCUUACCACCAAUGGAGCCAUCAUCCUAUGCUCUCCGACCAUUCGCCUCUAUCUUAUCAACUACGCGCGACCUUUGAUUUACACAACCUUCAUGUCCUAUCCCACUCUUGUUGGCAUUAGAACAGCGUACACGUGGCUCCGAAUGGGAAAAACGAAUCUGCUUGCCGCAAAAUUGUACCACUUAAUCAAUCAUCUCUACGCCAAACUACAGUCCCUCGAGGGUGUUAUCCGACAUAGCUCGAAUAGCUCAGGCAUUCCUCUCAUUACGCUUCCCACCACGUGUCCGGAAUCGCCUAUUUUCGCCUUACUCAGCCCCCACCCUCGAUCUCUGGCGGCCCAUUGCCAGUCUGCAGGAUUCAUUGUUCGUCCUGUGGUCUCACCAACAGUACCCAAAGGAACUGAGCGGGUAAGGAGCAAAGACAAGUAA